UGCGGCGAGCUAACAAUCUACGCUUCUCCAGACUUUACCAAACCGCUCCCAGGCUACGAGGGUGUAACAGCGCAGUGCCAUAACUGUGGAAAUUGGGCCGCACAUCCGAUUCAGUCAUGGGACUGGUUCACCUUCUGCUGGGUACCCGUCAUCCCGCUGGGAAGCAAGCAUAAAGAUGUA